GUUGAAAGUUGACAAGUGGAAGUGACAUUUUGGGCCGUUCAACAAGACAUAUAUAUAUUAGUCGCACGCAAUGACUAGAUACAGGAGGACAAAAACACACAGGGGAAUUCGCGACGUAAAGCGAGCAAAGCGCACCCGUGCUCGUGUGAAGGAUUUGGACCAGAUACACGAGGACUUGGCCAAUCCUGAACAAUACAAUAACGCCGAACAGGAUGCUGAUCUGCCGGGAAUGGGACAGAACUAUUGCAUACAGUGCGCCCGCCACUUCACCACAUCCGCCUCUCUGCAAGACCACUACAACACCAAACUGCACAAACGCCGCAUGAAGGUGCUCAAAGAAGCCCCCUUCACCCAAAAGGAAGCCGAGGCCGCCGCGGGGCUCUUCACCGACAACGGGCCCGGAAGGAGGAAGGAUGGCGCGGAUGCUGGGCUGGUUCCGCCGCGUAAUGCUGCGGAUAAGAUGGAGGAUGUGACGGCGACGACAAUAGCUGCGGGGGAUGCGGGGAGAAUACCGGAACAUGCGACGGAUCCGCCGGCGGCGGUGGUGUAGAUUCUCUCUGCAUCUACACGUGUCCUUUUCGACCGACAACCUUCGGAAGAAUAAGCCCUUGCAUCAUUUCGAAUCCAUACGUAGUCUCGAACUAUAGCGGCGGCAGCGACUCCUUCUUGUUUGCGGAACAGAAGGCCGUUUCCUACGUCAUUCGUUCCGCCCCUUUUUGUAAACCUCUCUUAACCUUAUGGUGACAUGCUUGUAUAAGCGUCGGCAAAGCGUCUUGGAACCCAACGGCUUAUCCGAACGACCCGCUUCCAACGUCUUUGCAUGUCUAUUUAAUUUCUUUUACUACAAACCACGAAUGUUCUCAAAUGCAUGCACAUUUCGCCC